AUGGAAACUGUUCUCAUCAUCGGCGGAACUGGAGCCCAGGGAAUCCCUGUCAUUAAAGCAUUGACGUCGGAUGGUAAAUAUGCCGUACGAGUUAUAACAAGAAACGCGGCUACAUCGGAAGCCAAAUUACUUGCAGAGCUACCCGGAGUUACGAUUGUGGAAGGUGACUGCUAUGACGAAUCAACGCUCCGCAACAUCCUCCCCGGCGUUGAUCGUGUAUUCGCCAAUACUAAUGGACUUGCAAUCGGUGAAAUGGCCGAGAUAUACUGGGGCAUCCGCUUGUAUGAGUUAUCCCGAGAAUUCGGUGUUAAGCACUUUGUUUACGCCAGCCUCCCUUAUGCUUCUAAAAUUGGCAACUUCAACGACAAGUACAGGGUGGGACACUGUGACAGCAAGGCUAGGGUUGCCGAAUACAUUUCUGCGCAGCCGACAAGUCCUAUGGCCUGGUCGAUAAUAACGUCUUGUUUAUACAUGGAAAGCCUUUCGGAGUUUUUGGUGCCGACAUAUGAGCCGAGCGAUGACAUGCAUGUGUUUGCAUUGCCUCUUGGACAGGGCAGAUGCCCAAUGAUAACGCUCGAUGACAAUGCGGCCUAUGUCCGAUGGGCGCUCGACAACCCAUCACAAAGCAACGGACUUAACCUGAAGGUUGUGACAGAUAACGUCACCGGUGAUGAACUCGCCGCGGCAUUUUCCAAAGUUACGGGGAAAAAGUCCGUCUACAGGGAUGUUUCUCUUGAUGAAUAUUUUCGCCUUCCCAUUUUCCCUGAUCCAGAUGCUAAAAUGUCCUCAAAUCCUACCUCAAUCACUGUUCGAAAAAACUUUUCUGGUCUCUGGAAUAGUUGGAAGGACGAUUUAUGGAAGUGGGAUUAUCAAGUGUUGGAUCGGAUCUUGCCAACGCGAACUAAAAGCACGGAAGAGUGGAUGGUGAAGACGGGCUAUACAGGCAAAGCCGUACCACUUCUCAAAGAUUUCAUCUUUGCUGACAAAUAA